AUGCCAUUCAUAUAAAAAAUAAUUAGAAAUGGUUAUUCUCCUGAGAAUGUGAAUUGUUUUACGCAUAAUGAUAUAGCUUAAAACAGAUAAAACAUUUAAAGAUCUAUAACUUAACUAAAUAAAGAAGAAUUUUCAGCCAAUAUUUAUGAGGGUUAUGUUAUAGAUUAUUCAAAGAGUGAUAUCAAUCCAAAAAAUUUUCUGAAUGUAUCUGAUUUUGAUAAAUUUAUUAAUAUCUAGUGCUUCUAUUAAAGAGUUCUUUUGGGGACAAAUAAUAUUGAAAAAAGAAAAAUAUACCUCAAAAAUACUUUUUAAUAUCUGAUGAAGUAUUUAAUAGAUUUUAAAAUAUAGAAUAUUUUGA